AUGACAAGAGUUUCACAACUAACUCUUAUUUUUCGCGACAAACUACAAACUAUCAACCAAGACUCCAACAAUAACUCAGGUGUUGUCGAGAAAAUACCGUCGGAAUCAUCGUGGAACCAUGAACACGAUCAAUUGAAAAGCGAGUCUGCUUUGUGGCCUUCGUUUCAAAUGCCUCUACAUUACCCAAACUUCACAAAGGAACAGUACGAGAUUAUGUCGGAGAAAGAACUUGAUCGGCUUCUCAAACUAUAUGGCCUGCCUACAGAUUUCGGUGACUUAUCUUGCAAGAAACAAUUCGCAUUCGGUGCAUUCUUGUGGGAGAAAGGGCUAAAUUCUUCUCCGGGCGCUAAGCAUGAUUCAGUGAACCCUAACUCGUCCGUUGGUCAUUUGGGUGAGAGCUCUUUAAUGGGGUUGAUGACAGCUUUGAAAUAUAUGGUUCACUGUAUACAGUAUGCCGUAUUUAGCAAAUAA